UCUUAAUGCAACUUUACCAAAUUCAAGACCAAACUAACCCACAUUCUCAUAAAUCUUCUUUCCCACGUCAGUGUUUUUCUUAUGACCAAACCAAACUAUGAUCUUGUCCAACGUUUACCUCUACCUCUACGCGUAUGAAAGAACAACCUUUUUUUUUAGUUUUGAUAUUAUCCAUUAGAAGGCAAAGUUUGGAUUUACGAAGAUCACAGUUCGGGAUUGUUGCAGACAUGUACGGUGUCUGAUCAUUUGACUUUCCAUUGAUUCUCCGUCAUUUGGCUUGAAAGAAAGAAGAAGAAAAAUGGGAGCUCGUUGUUCUAAAUUCUCCAUCUGUUGGUUUCACUCUCACCUUAAAGCUUCCGUCCUCGAAUCCUCCGAUUUUGAGAAUGGUGGCAAAGGUGAGAAGAACACAUGGCCGAGUUUCACUGAGUUUAGCUUGGAGCAACUCAAAGCUGCUACGUCCGGCUUUUCUUCCGAUAACAUAGUGUCGGAACAUGGUGAAAAAGCUCCGAACGUUGUUUACAAAGGGAAGCUCGACAAUGAGCGUUGGGUUGCCGUUAAACGGUUUAACAAGUUCGCGUGGCCUGAUUCUCGCCAAUUCCUCGAGGAAGCCAAAGCUGUUGGGAAUUUAAGGAGUGAGCGGUUGGCAAAUCUGAUCGGCUGUUGCUGUGAGGGCGAUGAGAGAUUGUUGGUCGCCGAGUUUAUGCCCAAUGAAACCUUGGCUAAGCAUCUUUUUCACUGGGAAAAUCAGCCAAUGAAAUGGGCAAUGAGGUUGAGGGUGGCACUCUAUUUGGCUCAAGCUUUGGAGUACUGUAGCAGUAAAGGGAGAGCUUUGUACCAUGAUCUCAAUGCUUAUAGGAUUUUGUUUGAUGAUGAUGGUAAUCCCAGGUUGUCUUGUUUUGGGCUCAUGAAGAACAGCAGAGAUGGGAAGAGUUAUAGUACAAACUUAGCUUUUACACCUCCAGAAUACCUUAGAACAGGUCGAGUGACUCCGGAAAGUGUUGUGUAUAGCUUUGGAACCUUGCUGCUGGAUCUUAUGAGUGGCAAGCAUAUUCCUCCCAGCCAUGCACUUGAUUUGAUCCGCGGCAAGAAUUUUCUCAUGUUGAUGGAUUCUGCUUUGGAAGGCCAUUUCUCAAACGAUGACGGAACAGAGUUAGUGCGGUUAGCUACUCGCUGUUUGCAGUAUGAAGCCCGUGAGAGGCCAAACGCGAAAUCUCUCGUCAUAUCUCUCAUGUCAGUUCAGAAGGAAGCAGAGGUACCAUCAUAUGUGUUGAUGGGUAUUCCACAUGGAACUGCUUCGAAACAGCCCUUGUCGUUGACACCGUUUGGAGAGGCUUGCAUGAGGAUUGAUCUUACUGCUAUACAUGAGAUAUUGGAGAAGAUGGGAUACAAAGAUGACGAGGGAAUAGCUAAUGAGCUUUCUUUUCAAAUGUGGACCAGCCAAAUGCAAGAAACCUUGAACUCCAAGAAACAUGGUGAUACUGCUUUUCGAGCUAAGGAUUUUGCAACCGCAAUUGACCGCUACACACAGUUCAUUGAUGGCGGGACCAUAGUGUCACCGACCGUAUACGCCAGACGCUGCUUGUCUUACUUGAUGAAUGAUAAGCCGCAACAGGCUCUUGGGGAUGCAAUUCAAGCGCAGGUGGUGUCGCCACAGUGGCCAACUGCUCUGUAUUUACAAGCAACUUGCUUCUUUAGCCUAGGUAUGGAAACUGAUGCCCAAGAAACCCUCAACGAUGGCACCAACUUGGAAGCCAAAAGGACCAAAAGCUGAAUAUUGUAUAGGUUUUCAUAUUGUUUCAUUUAUUUAUCUUCCGCGUUUUCUCCCCAUAGUUUUUCUCCAGGCUCUUGUAUUUAUUAUGGGUUUUCGCUGCAUAGCAGAACUCUUCAGUAUUCUUCAAUAUUUAUCGUUGGUUUUGAAA